UUGGUCGACUGCGUAUGGCGUCCGCUUUGCGCCGAAGGCGUCGCCUAGGCGUCUCCUGGGCGUCCAAUUGGAUGAGGCGGGCGCCAUACGUGAGGCCCAGGCGGGAAACAGGGGAGGCGCGCGGGAGACCGAGUGCGCGGGAGGAAAUCGAGCCAGCGGCGGGAAAUCGAGCGGGAACCGAGGGCGGCGCGGGAAAUAGAGGCCGGCCGCUUGCAAUCGACGCGAUUUGGGAGGGAAACGGAGAGAGCUGACCUGUGGAUAGGGAGGGAAGAGAAGAGGGCGGCGCCUGGAGCUGACCGUCCGCCUGCGCCUCAUCCGAGGCGGACCUCGCGCAGCUCUCCGCCGCCAUCGCGGCUGGGGAGGACUUGGGCCCCUUCGUGCGCCGGGCGUUCGCGUGCGGCCGCCCCGAGCCGCUGCUCGCCUCGCUCCAUGCCGCGGUGCGGGACCGGGAGGCCGAGAUCGAGGAGCUCUACCGCGCCCACUUCCACGACUUCAUCCGCGCCGUCGACGACCUCCGCUCCCUCCUCGCCGACGCCGACGCGCUCAAGGGCUCCCUCUCGGCGUCCCACUCCGCGCUCCUGUCCUCGCCGACGCCGACGCGCUCAAGGGCUCCCUCCGCUCUCUGCUGCUCGCCUGGUCCACGACGCCACGACGCCAGCCCUCUCCUAUGGCUAGCCAUCAAGCCAACAACACAAUGGAGAGUCCAGCUUCUGUGGCAGCAGAGUAUGAUCCCAAGACUGAUCCAAAACGAAGACCAGCAAAGUCAAAUGAUCCGGGCUGGGAGUAUGGGUACUGGGCAGACCCUAAAGAUCGAGAUAAGGUGACAUGUAAGCUAUGUGACAAGAAGGUUCCAGGUGGAAUUAAAAGGUUUAAGCAACAUCUAGCUGGUGGCUUUGGAGAUGUGGUUAACUGUCCAGAAUUAAGCCCUGCAUUAAAGAAAAAGAUGAAAGACUACUUGGAUUCAAACAAGAGGAGGGGACCAUUGUUCCUAGGGGAGGAGGAGAAUGCUGAGGAAGUACAGGAAGAAGAUGUGGUGGAGGUGGGACAAGAAGCGGCAAAUUCAGGGACUGCUGCCCAGUCCCAACUUGCUACUUGGGAGAAGAGAAUGGAUGGAAAGAGCAGCAGCAAAGGGGAGAAUGGGUGCUACAACGGCUCAACAAAGUUUGCUCUCCAGAAGGAUACAAAUAAAUAG